GGGAACACAGGGACGUUCCUGGGGUUACAGAAACUCUCAGAGGCUGCCAAAGGGCGUGUGGAGCCUGGAAGCCGGGAGUGCUGCCAUAGAGGAAAGAAGCCAGAGCCCUUCCCGGAGCCCCGAGGACCUGCCGCAGAGGCUCUGAGGACCCAUCGACCAUGGUGCGUGCGCCCUGUCGGCUGCGGCGGCUGCUGCUGCUGCUGCUGCUGCCGCUGCUUCACGUCUGGGCGACCGCGCCAGAGCCCUGCGAGGUGGACGACGACGAUUUCCGCUGCGCCUGCAACUUCACGGACCCGGAGCCCGACUGGUCCAGCGCCUACCAGUGUGUGAGUGCCGUGGAGGUGGAGAUCCGUGGCGGUGGCCGCAGCCUCAAGGAGUUUGUCAAGUUCGCCGACACCAACCCGAAGCAGUACGCUGACGUGGUCAAGGCUCUGCGUUUGCGGCGACUCACGGUGGGCGCCGCACAGGUUCCUGCUCUGCUUCUCUUCUCCCUCCUCCGUGGGCUUGGGUCCUCCCGCCUCAACCAACUAACCCUCGAGGACUUGGAAGUAAUCGGCCCGACGCCGCCGCCGCCUCUGGAAGCCACUGGACCUGCGCUCUCCACCCUCCGUCUCCGCAAUGUGUCGUGGCCCGCAGGGAGCGCCGGGCUGGCACAGCUGCAGCUGUGGCUCAAGCCGGGCCUCAAAGCAUUGAACAUUGCGCAAGCACACUCGCUCGCCUUUUCCUGCGCGGACCUCCGCGCCUUCACCUCCCUCACCGCCCUAGACCUGUCUGACAAUCCUGGACUGGACGAGCGCGGCCUGACCGCGGCUCUCUGUCGGAACAAGUUCCCGGCCCUCCAGGAGCUAGCGCUCCGCAACACGGGGAUGCAGACGCCCAGCGGCGUGUGCGCGGCGCUGGCGGCGGCAGGUGUGCAACCGCACCACUUAGACCUCAGCCACAACUCGCUGCGCGCCGCGGCAGCCGACGCUCCCCGGUGCGUCUGGCCGAGCGCACUGAGCUCCCUCAACCUGUCCUUCGCUGGCCUGGAGCAGGUGCCUGUGGGACUGCCGGCCGAGCUCAGCGCGCUCGAUCUCAGCUCCAACAGGCUGAACAGAGAGCCGCGGCCAGACGAGCUGCCCAAGGUGAGGGACCUGACACUGGCCGGGAAUCCCUUUCUGGACCCGAAGAACUCUGGUGUGGUCACAGCCUGUGAGCAUUCGAUUCAGGCCCUGGGGGUGUCAGGAACUGUGGUGCUGCUUCUAGGGGCCAGGUCCUUGGCCUAAGGCUCAGGAGAGAAGAAUGGAUUGGCUCAGAUUGCCCUAGUUCCGGAGGAUCCCCCUCGGGACCUCUCAACUAACCAUUUCUCUGCCUCCUAUUCAUUAAAAUCUUAAACAACG